CCUCCGGAACUGUGUUCCACGGGGUUGUGCAAAGCCUGGGAACAGUGAGGGCAUUAGGACCAGGAACGAGGCAUCCGCCUGGCUCAGGCUGUGUCUGGCAGAGGGCUCUCGGCUGAGCGCGGAGCUAUGUGUGAAAGGAAACCAGGCACUGCCUGCCGGCUUCUCAUCUGUUGAUCUGACGUGACUUGAAGCGUCCAAAGGAUGACGGCUGUCAGCUCUGCUGGACGGAGGACCCACCAGCUCCCCCCAGACAUCGCAUAGCAACCUGGCCACUCAUGUGAGGGGGGAACGAAACAGGGGACUAAACACCUGAGCAGAGUGGAACAACUGUUUUUCCCCAAGGAGAGAGAGAGAGUCAAAGGGGGCAAUCCAUUUCAUUUGAAGUCCCUGUGAAUGGGCUUUCAGAGGGCAAUUAAAGAAAUCCACUCAGAGAGGACCUGGGGUGGGACUUGGGUCCUGUGGCUUUCUGAUUGUAAGUGGAGGCUGGCCUUACACACGCUGUUGGCAAAUGUCAGAUGGGAUAAAAGGAGCGGGUUAAGUGACUGUCAAAAAACUUCCAGGUGGAACCAGAAACCCAGGUUCUGCUGCAAGCUGGAAGGAACCUGGAGCAGGAGGAGAAAGCGAACUUGAACAUGACCUGUUGCACUUGGCAAGUUCCAGCAACAUGCUCCUAAAGAAGAGAUGCAGGCAUGGACCAUGCAGACUGCACUUCCUGGUGCUCUUGCUGAUGCUGGGAUGCGCGCUGCUGAUGGUGGCCCUGCUGCCCCCUCCUCCGCACGCCCUGGACCAGGCCGUUACAGCUCAGGCUGCCCAGCAUAGUCAGGCAGCUGGGUACCGCCUGGACUUCGGGGAAUCCCAGGAGUGGGUGCUAGAGUCUGAGGAUGAGGACCAAGAGUACGGUCCUUUGGAGAGCCUGCCGCCUUUUAUCUCGCGGGAGGACCAGCUCCUAGUGGCCGUGGCCUCGCCCAGGAUCAGAAGGAACCAGAGCCAGGGCAGGAGAAGUGGCAGCUACAGGCUCAUCAAGCAGCCGAGCCGGAGGCUGGACCAGGAGGCCCCAGAGAAAGACUGGGGAGCAGAGGAGGAGGAUGAGGAGGUAUCUGAAGAAGAUGAGCUGACGACGCUCCACCUGGAGGAGGCGCUCAGCGCCCGCAUCCCCCUGCAGAGGGCGCUUCCCGAGGUACGGCAUCCGCUGUGCCGGCAGCAGUGGCCAGAGGACAGCCUGCCUACAGCCAGCGUCAUCCUCUGUUUCCACGACGAGGCCUGGUCCACCCUCCUGCGCACCGUGCACAGCAUCCUGGACACAGCGCCCAGGGCCUUCCUGAAGGAGAUCAUCCUCGUGGACGACCUCAGCCAGCAAGGACAGCUCAAGACUGCUCUCAGCGCGUAUGUGGCCAGGCUGGAGGGCGUGAAGUUGCUCCGGAGCAACAAGAGGCUGGGCGCCAUCAGGGCCCGGAUGUUGGGAGCCACCAGAGCCGCUGGGGACGUGCUGGUCUUCAUGGACGCCCACUGCGAGUGCCACCCGGGCUGGCUGGAGCCCCUCCUCAGCAGAAUCGCUGGUGACAGGAGCCGGGUGGUGUCUCCCGUCAUCGAUGUGAUUGACUGGAGGACUUUCCAGUACUACCCCUCCCAGGACCUGCAGCGGGGGGUCUUGGACUGGAAGCUGGAUUUCCACUGGGAGGCGCUGCCAGAGAGCGAGAGGAAGGCCCGCCCGUCCGCCAUCAGCCCCAUCAGGAGCCCAGUGGUGCCCGGAGGGGUCGUGGCCGUGGACAGACACUACUUCCACAACACCGGAGCGUAUGACCCUCUCAUGUCACUGCGGGGUGGUGAAAACCUCGAACUGUCUCUCAAGACCUGGCUGUGUGGUGGCUCCGUGGAAAUCCUUCCCUGCUCUCGGGUGGGGCACAUCUACAAAAAUCAGGACGCUGACUCCCCACUGGACCCAGAGGCCACCCUGCUGAACAAGGUUCGCAUUGCUGAGACCUGGCUGGGCUCGUUCAAAGAAACCUUCUACAAGCACAGCCCAAAGGCCUUCUCCUUGAGCAAGGCUGAGAAGCCAGACUGCACAGAACGCCUGCAGCUGCAAAGGAGGCUGGGCUGUCGAACGUUCCACUGGUUUCUGGCCAAUGUCUACCCUGAGCUGUACCCAUCUGAACACAGGCCCAGGUUCUCUGGAAAGCUCCACAACACCGGACUUGGCUUCUGUGCAGACUGCCGGGCAGAAGGGGACCUCCCGGGCUGUGCCUUGAUGCUGGCUCCCUGCAGUAACAGCCGGCAGCAACAGCACCUGGAGCACACUGGCAGGAAGGAGAUCCACUUUGGCAUCCCACAGCACCUGUGCUUCGAUGUCAGGCGAGAGCAGGUGGUUCUUCAGAACUGUACCGAGGAAGGCCCCGCCAUCCAUCAGCAGCACUGGGACUUCCAGGAGAAUGGAAUGAUUGUUCACGUUGUUUCUGGGAAAUGCAUGGAAGCGGUGGUGCAGGAAAACAACAAAGACUUGUACUUGCGCCAGUGUGAUGGAAAAGCCAGCCAGCUGUGGCACUUCGACAAUGUGAAGGCUAUGGAUGAACACUGAAUGCCAGUGUCAGAAGGAAAAGAGAAGUUUGGCAAGCAGGUAUAUUUCAUAAGUCAGCCCCUCUGUGUUUGUGAUCUUGUGAUCGUGGAGAAGAAAGCUCCGUGAAUGAAUAUAAGAAGUGUUUUCCUUCUUGCACCCAUGCCAUUGACUGCUGGCUGUUUCAGAAAAAGAAAAAGAAAUGAUCCAUUGUCUUCAGCACGAGUAGAUGACCAUUACACAGUACAGAAGAUUCUUCGUUUUCUUCCCUUCAGCACUGAGCAUGUAAUAAUUGCUUUUAAUCUCUGACUAAGGGAAGAGGCCUGGACACUCUCUGGUAGCACUUCCAGAAUACAUAAAUCCAAUUGAUCAGCUUAUUUCAAAUGGCCUUGCCUUGGAUGGUCUGUGUAGCCAACCAUGAAAAUUAAAGUGUAAAGAGAG